AGAAUUCAGUUUAUUUCUAACUCGACUCAAAGCCGGUUUGCGUAGAAUACUUGUACUGUUUUUAUUUUCGCUCUCGAAUUUGUGGAAUAUUGUAAAAUGCGUUUCGCUCUGUUUACUGUUUUUGCACUAUGCCUUUUGGCAUUUGUCCUGGCUAGCCCGGCCAAGGACUCCAAGAAACAAGUUAACAGCUGCGUAAGAGGCUGUGAUGAUGCUUAUGAGCCCGUGUGCUCCCGCGCCAAAAACAGCAGCAAGGAGAGACUCAUAACCUUCGGCAGCAAGUGUGUCAUGGAUAAUUACAACUGCCAGCACGCUGACGAUCCAUUUGAGGUCAAGACAAAGGGAGAGUGCGGUGGCGGAGUGAGUGUGCGUCUAUCCUAAAAGCUGCUGGAAAAUAAAAGGAUCAAAUGUUACCUUAAGAUAAAUACAAAUGCAUAAGAAUAAAGGAAUUAUUCACUUU